AUGUGGAUCACGCGAUACCGACGGCCGCAUCCCCUCGCAUGGAGGAUCGUGGCCCUCGCGCUCAUAGCGGCGGCGACCGUCACGGCGUCCGGCUCGGGCGAAGAUGGGGGCGCGAACCCCGAUCGCGGUGCGUUCGUCGUCGCCGGGUACCUGCCCGAGUGGCGGUACGAGGGCGCGGACUGGGACGCCACGUGCGCGCACGUCACGCACCUGAUCCUGUUCAGCAUGGAGGUCACCGAGGACGCCAAGCUGACCGCAUCGGACAGGUUCCCGCACGCGCACCUCGACGCAAUCAAGGCCGCGUCGAUGAAGCACCACUGCGAGCUCGUGAUCAGCAUAGGGGGCAACAAGCGCACCGGCGGGUUCCCGACCGUCGCCAAGGACAAGGCGCUGACGCGCAAGCUGGCGCGCACGCUCCUCUUUUUCGUCAAGCAGCACGGACUGCACGGCGUCGACUUCAACUGGGAGUACCCCAACGGAAAGGAGGAGUGGCGCGGUUUGCAUCGGAUGCUGAAGAUCACCCGGCGCGUGUUCGAUCGGCACAGGGACGAGACGGGCGAGAGGCUCACCGUAUCGACGACGUAUUACCCCGACGGCAGGCAGGAGAAGAUCUUGGCCGAUUUCGGGGCGGCGGAGCACGUCGACAUGGCGCACGCGAUGGCCUACGACUUUGGACCCGGCGGCCACUCCACGAUGGAACUCGCCGAGAACGUAAUCGCAAACAUGGAGCGCCUGGGUCUGAACAAGUCCAUCGCGACGUUGGGUCUACCCUUCUACGGCAGGAGCAAGUGGCAGUCGGGUUGGCGCACGUACGAGGAUUUGGCGUCGGAGCAUCCCAGUCUCGGGACGAACGGCGGCGGCGACGAGGACCCCAGCGGGGAGUAUAGCUUCAACGGUCUCGACACGAUUGCCGAAAAAGUUCGGUUGGCGAAAACCGCCGGUCUGCGGGGGGUGAUGAUAUGGGAGCUCGGGCAGGAUUUUCACCCCGGGGAUGGGCGUAGCCUGCUGGGCGCGAUCGCGCGGGAGGUGUGGCCGGAGGGUCGAACGAAGAGACUGGUCAGGGACGAGCUUUGA